AUGGCUCUAUCCAACUUUUCGCUUCCUCUAAUUCCUAAGUCUAAGCCUAGAGUAUUUCCGAAACUUGUAGCUACCUUAACCCCACCACGUUCUCUUAAGUCCAACUUAAGCCACGAGAUGCUUCUCUUCUCGGCGUCUCCCACAGUGGCUGAGAUCGGGGCCUUGGCAGGCUACGACGUAGUUGUUGUAGAUUUGGAGCAUGGACCCGGUAGCGUUAGUGAGGCUUUGCAUUGUAACCGUGCGGUGAAGGCAGCUGGUUCUUCUAGUGUAAUUCGUGUGCAAGAGGUGACUUCAGCCUGGGCUAAGAAAGCCAUGGACGUCGAACCUAACGGAGUCAUGUUUCCUAAAAUAGAAAAUGCAAAAGAAGCUGAAUACGCCGUGUCUUUAUGCUGUUACCCACCUGACAGAGUCUGUGGAUGUGCGUACAAUCUAGUAAAGGUUUCGGAUUUUGGCUUGCCACAAACCUACCUACAAGACUUCAAAGAGAGGCUUCUCAUUAUGAGUCAGCUUAAGUAA